AUGGACACGAACCGAUCCAUUUCCAAGACUGGCCCAGUCCAAAACAGUCUAGAUAAAUGUGUAGACUUGCACAAAAAGACUGGGCCCCGGUGCUUUUGGGCUUUUGGCCCAAGUUACCAAAAAAGAAAGCGUUACGAGUGGAGUUACGCCUAUCGCUUCUCUUCUCUCCCGUUACCAUCUCUCAAUCGGAGCUCUUUCGUCGAUCUCUCUCAGUCUCGGUCUCUUCACGUUCGAUCUAUCAUCUAUGUGCAAUCACUGACUCUCACGCUCGCCUUUCGCCUCUCUAAUAUCAACUCUCAAGGACUCUAUUCUCGACAACACCAUGCCUAG